CACGCACUCGUUCUCAUUCGCUUCUUUUUCUUUUUUUUUUUUUGACAUCGCCUGCCAAUCAGUCAAGUCUGUUCACCAUCGCCAGCAGCAAUCAUCCUACGGACACCAUUACAUUCAACAAGAAGAAGCACAUCACCGACUACCCAGUUCAUCCCUAACCGAGACCCCAUAGUCCAGCAUGUCCCGCAGAUACGAUGCCCGCACAACCAUCUUCUCACCAGAAGGUCGCUUGUACCAGGUAGAAUAUGCCAUGGAGGCCAUUUCCCACGCCAGCACAGCGCUCGGAAUCUUGGCCAAGGAUGGACUUGUGAUCGCCGCAGAAAAGAAGGUGGCCUCCAAGCUGUUGGACGAGACCAAGGGAGGCGAGAAGAUCUAUAUCAUCAACGACAACAUGAUUUGUGGAGUUGCCGGCUUCACGUCGGAUGCCAACAUCCUGAUCAACUAUGUGCAGACGGCGGCACAACAGUACCUCUACACAUACAACGAAGACAUGCCCUGCGAGCAGCUUGUGCAAAAGCUCUGUGACCUCAAGCAAGGAUACACUCAAUAUGGAGGCCUUCGACCUUUUGGAGUGUCAUUCAUUUACGGAGGAUGGGAUGAGCACCAUGGUUUCCAGUUGUAUCACUCUGAUCCGUCGGGCAACUACUCUGGAUGGAAAGCCACCUGUAUCGGGGCCAACACAGCGAGCGCCCAGGGCAUUUUGCGGCAGGAAUACAAGGAGGAGGGCGUCACCCUACAGGAAGCAAAGAAUCUCGCGAUCAAGGUGCUCAGCAAGACUAUGGAUACCACGUCAUUGGGGUCUGACAAAAUUGAGUUUGCGACGUUGGAACUGGUGGAUGGAAGAGUGGUGCGCAGGAUCUUCAAUCAGGCAGAAAUCGAGGCCCUGUUGAAGGAGAACAACUUGUUGACCAAGACUGAGGAGGCUAAGUAGAAAGAAAACAAGCGGGAAGGAGUAAAAAAAGCGUCGUUUUCCGUAUAUAGAAACUAUUGUUUUCUUUCAAGAAUUACAAAUAAAUCUCGGCGAUGAACGACUACAACAGCAC